AUUCCAAGUAAUAGUUGGCCAUGUGUAAGAAAUAUUUACAAAAUACGUACAUAUAUACAUGUAUAAUUAGAAAUCGUACCAGUAACGUAUCAUUUUUCAAAUUACAAUCAGAGUGAAUCGAACUCUAACUUUGAGGACUAGCUCAAGCAGAGAAACCAGUAAUCCAUCAAGGAAUGCAUCGCAUUUGGCACGCAUUUGGCAUGUCGAGUGUGUGUGAGAUUGCUGCUAGUGACAAAAUAUAACCCAACAAAACAGGACAGCGACGUCUAAACACAAUAAAAAUCAUACAAAUGGGUCGCUAAUGUGACGUCCAUUUAAUAAUGGCUUCCUACUGGAAGAGAAUAACCUCCACACAUGCUAAGAAUCGUCCAGUUCACAACAAAAAAAAGGUAAGGAAAAAUGGACUCAUUCGCUCAAUCCUUGAACUGGUCAGACAUGCAGUAAUGGCAUAAAACUAAACCAGCUAAGCAAAAUAUGCAAAUAAAGCAGUACCACUUGAAGUAGAAAUAAAACCUGCACAGAUCCGUGUUGCCGCCUUGAGUAAAAAUAGAAUCACUAAAUAAAAUUCUCCGUGGGACAGAAGAUGAUAAUAAGGCCAGAAUAGGAUCAAAUUUGCACGGACCCAAAUCAUAAAGCUCCAACAGAUAUAUUGCUGAGCUUCUGUGAAAAUGCCGGCCAUUCUCCGCUUCCUUCAACUAUAUAUGAUGCUUUCCUGAGAAUAUCUACUCAUAACAGAAGCACAGGCAUCUUCGACUAUCCUUACUACUUCAUUCAGUAGGGUUUUAUUCACCAUGGCUGUGAUGCCUUUUUUUACUCUCAUUUUCGUACUUAGUUUCUGUUAUGUUACCGCUCAGAAAAACGAGCUCUCACCAGCAACUACUACAACGAGGAAUUUACAGACAUACAUUGUCCAUGUAAGGCAACCAGAGGGCAGAGUUUUUGCUCAAACAGAAGACCUCAAGAGCUGGCACGAAUCUUUUCUGCCCGUUACCACAGCAAGCGCAGAUGAACCGCCACGCCUGCUUUACUCGUACCAAGAAGUGAUCAGUGGUUUUGCUGCUAGACUAACUCAGGACGAAGUAAAGGCAAUGCAGGAGAUGGAUGGCUUUGUGGCAGCAUAUCCUCAAAGAGUAUUCCGUAGGAAAACUACACACACACCCAACUUCUUGGGGCUGCACCAACAAACCGGAAUAUGGAAGGAGUCAAAUUUUGGGAAGGGCGUGAUCAUUGGCGUGCUGGAUGGUGGAAUUGAGCCCAACCAUCCUUCAUUUAGUGGUGCAGGAAUUCCACCUCCACCCGCUAAAUGGAAGGGGAGGUGUGACUUUAAUGCAUCAGACUGCAACAACAAAUUAAUUGGUGCAAGGGCUUUCAAUCUUGCAGCUAAGGCGUUGAAAGGAGAGAAACCUGAGGCACCGAUCGAUAUAGACGGACAUGGGACCCACACAGCAAGCACUGCUGCUGGUGCAUUUGUGCAGAAUGCUGAUGUUUUAGGGAAUGCCAAAGGUACGGCAGUUGGGAUCGCACCUCAUGCCCACCUAGCAAUAUACAAGGUGUGCUUCGGAGACCCCUGCCCAGAUGCUGAUAUAUUAGCUGCACUUGAAGCAGCUGUGCAGGAUGGUGUUGAUGUGAUCUCAAUCUCCCUUGGUGAAGUGUCAGUUCCAUUUUUCCAAGACACCACUGCAAUAGGCUCAUUUGCAGCAAUCCAAAAAGGAAUAUUUGUAAGUUGUGCAGCUGGAAAUUCUGGCCCAUUUAACGGCACACUAUCUAAUGAAGCCCCCUGGAUGCUAACAGUUGGAGCAAGCACAAUAGACAGACGUAUUGUAGCCACAGCAAAACUUGGAAAUGGAGAAGUAUUUGAUGGUGAAUCUCUCUUUCAGCCCAGUGAUUUCCCUUCAACAUUAAUGCCUCUUAUUUAUGCUGGAGUAAAUGGUAAUGAUUCGGCAUUGUGUGCUGAAGGAUCCUUGAAAGGUCUCCCUGUUAAAGGUAAGGUAGUUGUGUGUGAGCGAGGGGGAGGUAUAGGAAGGAUUGCCAAGGGAGAAGUAGUGAAAAACGCUGGAGGUGCUGCCAUGAUUCUUUUGAAUGAAGAAACUGACGGCGUCAGUACUUCAGCUGAUGUUCAUGUUCUUCCGGCAACACAUGUGAGCUACGCAGCUGGACUGAAGAUCAAAGCAUAUAUAAAUUCAACAGCAACACCAACAGCAACAAUCUUAUUCAAAGGAACUGUCAUCGGAGACUCAUCUACUCCGGUGGUUGCUUCCUUCUCUUCAAGAGGCCCCAGCCUGGCAAGUCCAGGUAUUCUGAAACCAGACAUUAUUGGUCCUGGAGUAAGCAUUCUUGCUGCAUGGCCAUUUCCCGUUGACAAUACCACAAAAUCAAAAGUCAAUUUCAAUAUAAUGUCUGGAACUUCAAUGUCUUGCCCGCAUCUCAGUGGAAUUGCAGCUUUGCUUAAGAGCUCACACCCUUACUGGUCACCAGCUGCCAUUAAAUCUGCUAUAAUGACUUCUGCUGAUCUUCUAAAUUUAGAAGGCAAACCUAUUCUCGAUGAACAACUUCAGCCUGCAGAUGUUUUAGCCAUUGGUGCCGGCCAGGUCAAUCCAUCAAAGGCAAAUGACCCGGGAUUAAUUUAUGAUAUUCAACCUGAUGAUUAUAUCCCUUAUCUUUGUGGCUUGGGCUAUAAAGAUGAUGAAAUCAGUAUCAUUGUGCAUAGACAAAUAAAAUGCUCAAUGGUAUCGAGCAUACCUGAAGGAGAGCUGAACUACCCUUCAUUUUCUGUCACACUGGGACCAUCUCAGACAUUCACACGAACUCUGACAAGUGUUGGUGAGGCAUAUUCAUCUUAUGCAGUCAAGGUUAAUGCACCAGAAGGAGUAUAUGUGAGUGUCAAGCCCAAAACACUUAACUUCACAAAGGUGAACCAGAAGAUGUCGUAUUCAGUGACAUUUAGCCAUAUUGGUUCAAAAGGUGAAGCAGGUGAAUUCACUCAAGGAUUCUUAACAUGGGUUUCUGCUAAAUAUGUUGUUAGGAGUCCAGUUUCUGUUAAAUUACAGUGAGUAAUGGAUGCUUAUCGUACAGUGGGCACCUGGUGACUUGUAAUGUCAUCAAACUUCAAGGAGCUCUAUGCGAUCAAACAUAAAUGUACUCAUUUCCUUCAAUAACAUGGUAAUAUUUUAAAGGAGAUAACGACUUGGACAAUCUAAGUCUAGAACAGAAAUAAACCUCACAUACCAGGUAUAUGAUGUAGAAAUCUUGGAUCUGCUUCUCAUCGAAAAAAUAAUUAAAACAUAAAUAUAAUAAUAAAGAUUAACAACAAUAAACAGGAUGUGGACAAAGAAGAAUGGUGCAAAAUAGAUACCAAAGACUAAACGGUAAAAAAUAAUCUCACAACGCAAUGCACUUUCUCCCAUCCAAUUUACGGUUGUAUGUUAGUUGUUCACUUUCUCCCAUCUAAUUUAAGAAUGGUGCAAAAUAGAUGCCAAAGACGAAACGGUAAAAAACUGCUGAUAUAAGUCUAAUAAUUAACUUCCACUGGGAGACUCUAUAAUCUCCUUACCUAGAUGUUGCACAUAGUCAGCAAAUAAUACAGAAAGCAGGUGACGAGAUCCUUGCUCAAGAAUGAUAAACAUCAGAUUUCCUGUUUACUCACACCUCAGGUCAUCAGGUCUACAUCUAAGGAAGCUAAUAAUUUUGAAUACACUAAAUAUCCAGGAGCUACAUCCCCGAUAUGUCAACAGUAUCGCACUCUAUCAAGGGAAUUACAGAGGAACUUUCCCAUUGUAGGAACUCAAAAUAAGAUUAAUUAAGCAGUUACCAUAGAUUGAUCCUUGGCUGCAUUGUCUCUGAAAUUUGAUGGUUGCAUAGUAACAGUGAAAACUGAAAUACACGAAAACUCAUCAGCCAAAACCAGGAAUUUCACUGGCGGCAGCAACAACUAAGCCAUUACUGUCAACUUCGUUUGAACUGGAACAUCACGAUUCACGAGUGGAGGCUUCACCCUUAGCUUCCCCAUUUGGAUUAGUCAACUUGUUGUAGACAGAUCGAACAGUUUCUGCUAUUUCACGUUUCAUGCCAUCACUUGAUCUGAUUAUACCCCACAACUCAUCAGAUACGUGGCUCAUUACUUAGUCC